UUGAAUAUCCUCUUUUAAUUGCGGUAAUAAAUUGUCGGCCCCGGGAGAGCCGUAUAUAGCUUCACCAUUCGUGUGAUAACCUUUUUCACAUCAAUUCAAAUACAUAUGAUAAAUUUCGAAAAGGAAUUAACAGUAACUGUGAAAAUAAAUAAAGAUAAAAGUUGUGUAAUGUAUACAACGUUCAUAUAUUAAAUAUUUGUUUUCUUCAAAUGAUAUUUUGAAUUUUAUUGGAGUUGUUAUUGCGUUGUGCGCGAGAUGAGUGGGUUAUAACUAAAUAGUGAAUCAAAAUGUCACGACCAACAGGAGGUAAGAACAAUAGUUUGAAGCAACCGAAAGAAGAAAUAAACAUUAAAUACAUGCACAGACCUCCUCUGAUAGCUCCGAAUUAUGGCAACCAGAAAAGAUCACUGCUUCCUAAAUCAAAAGUAUCAAGAGUUCUUCUCUACGACAAUGCAACACAAGAACAUAUGUUAGACAUAAAACUGGCGCAUAUUAAGAUCGAGAAGGAACGUAUUAGUAGAAUCAUCAACUUGCAUCAGCGUUCUUUUACAAUGCGUAUGAAUAAAAGACAGCAGCAGAUACUGGCACUAACCGCCGGAAGUAGGACUAAAACAAAAAGUAGUACUGCAAAUGGUUCCAAGGUGGAAAAUCCGCGUGAGCGCUCAAAUGUGAGACCAAAGUCACUUCCAGUUCACAUAACAAAGGAAGCAAGCAGUGAAGUUUUAACAAAUGAAGAUAAUGAAAGCGACAAUCUUGGUGGAAUUAAGCUGCCAGCCAUUGACAAUGAUAAACGUCACGUGAUUUUCAAAGUGAAAGCAAAGUCGGGUAAAACGGAAGUUUACCAUACAAUAGACGAUGACGGAUUUUUGUCGGACUUAUUACCGAUGCACUCUUUUUACCCGAAACUUACUGAUGACCCUAGAUUUAGAAGUUUGCAAAAUAUUUUGGUGCCAUCAGAGUUAGGAAAUUCAAAUGAAUAUUUCUGAAACUACUGUGUUUAUUUCAGUUUUAAGAAGUGUGUUUAGAUUCAUUUAGAACUGUUUUUUUAAAGCAGCUAUUGUAUUUGUGUUUUGUUUUUUAUAAAAGAAAUAUAUCUCAGUAAACGAGUCUUCAAUGAAUCCAUUAAAACUUUAAAGGUAAUAGUAACUGACCCUUGGGCUGACGAUGGUUUGGAUCAACAUUGAUUUUGAUAAAAGUAAAUCUAUCAGCAUAUCUAUCUGUUACUGGGAUUAUUAUCUAGUUCAUUUUAAAUCUACCAUAACAUUUAAAAAAGACAUCGCACUGUUCAAUCUGUACACUAAAUGCAAACACGAUUAAAAUUUUUAAUUUUAAUA